AUAAACUUAAACAAACACAAACACAAACAUAAAAUGGUUAAGUUGAUCCUCGUUAGACACGGACAGUCCGAAUGGAACGAAAAGAACUUGUUCACCGGUUGGGUGGACUGCCGUUUAUCCGAAGUGGGUGAGAAGGAAGCUCACAGAGCCGGGGAGUUGCUCCUGGAAGCAGGUUUACAAGUUGAUAUUUUGUACACCUCCAAGUUGUCCAGAGCCAUCCAAACCGCCAACAUCGCCUUGAGUUCGGCCGACCAAUUGUACGUCCCUGUCAAGAGAUCGUGGAGAUUGAACGAAAGACACUAUGGUGAUUUACAGGGUAAAGACAAGGCCGAGACCUUGGAAUUAUACGGCAAAGAAAAGUUCCAAACCUGGAGAAGGUCUUUUGACGUGCCACCUCCAGUCAUUGCCGACAGCUCCAAGUUCUCUCAAGCAGGUGACGUUAGAUACAAUGAUGUGGACCCUGCGGUAUUGCCAAAAACUGAGUCGUUGAAGUUGGUGAUUGACAGAUUGUUGCCAUACUGGCAAGACGAAAUCGCCAAGGACUUGUUGGACGGCAAGACUGUUUUGGUUGCUGCCCACGGAAACUCAUUGAGAGCUUUGGUCAAGCACUUGGAUAAAAUUUCUGAUGCUGACAUUGCUGGAUUGAACAUUCCAACUGGAAUCCCAUUGGUCUACGAAUUGGAUGAGAAAUUACAACCCAUCAAACCAGCCUACUACUUGGACCCAGAAGCUGCUGCUGCUGGUGCCGCUGCUGUUGCUGCCCAGGGUACUAAGAAGUAAUCUAUUUCUAUAUUAGUGUGUAGCUGAAAUUUAAAUCAACCUUG